UUCGCCGCAAAUUCGCAACACCAACGAAACGAUACCUCUUGACAAAAAAAAAAAAAAAACGAAACCUGAACGAAGCAUUAGCUUAGGCAUCGAUAGCAAUGGAAGACAGUUUCAGAGUCCGCGUCGACAAAGCCUUCGGUUCUCUUCCUCUUUCUUCAACCUCCCCUUCUUCUCUCUCCUUUCUCUGGUUCCUCGCCGACGACGAAAUCAACUCCACACCCUCCAACCAAUCCGAACCUAAACCCGACCCUACACCCUCCGCAACCUCCUCUUUUUCUUCCAGCUUCCGGGUUCAGCUAGAGAAUGACCUCGAUAAUCUCAACGACAAAGACGACGAUAACGAAGAUGGUGACGCGGGGUUUCGUCGUACUCAGCUCAAACCCGACGAUUACGACGAUGAACAGUGGCAAAUUAGGUCUGGUAUUGGCCUCGAUUGCACCCUUGAUCACGAGGAAGAGGAAGAUAAAUAUGAUAAACAAGCAAUUGGGAAAGAGAACCAGGGGGAUCGAGUUUAUAUGAAGGAUAUAGCUGAAUUUUCUUGUCUUACUCCGCUGAAGCUUCUUCUUGACGUUGUUGAUGCUCCAUUAGCAGCCAAUAUUGAUGCAGUUAGAGCUCCUCACCACCAACAUACACAAAGAAAUGCAAUCAAUUUAAGGAUUACGGCCAAACACGAAACGACGUAGUUGGGAUAGGAUAGGAACAAACUGAAGAAGAUGCAGAACUCUAAUUAAAACACUAGUGAACAUCAAAUAAAUAGUAAGUUGGGAUAGGAUAGGAACAAACUGAAGAAGCGAAGAUUGAUUCUGCUUUUUUUUUGUUGACUUUGAGUUUGACUUUGCAGAUGUGUCAACAUGCUAGAGCUUGUACACAUGAAAACCCUUAACUAAGGGCAAGCAUGAGAUCAAUUGUGGUAGCAUUAAUGACACUUUCAUCAGCAAGUGAGGAUUGGGAUGUUGGCUCUUUUUAUGAAAACCAAGCUUUGGUG